UGAGACAUGCAGCUUGUUGACACAUGUACUAGAUGAACAUUUAUCUCCUCUGCUGGUAGUAUUUAUUCUUUUCCUAUACCGUCAGCCAAAGUACCCGGGUGAGUUGCCGGAAAGGCCAAACCGAAUCGAAAUUCUUCGAUCGGAGCAGAGUGGAGGACAUACAUAAUGAUGACCAGACGAGAUCAUCAUCUUAUUUGUAGUGAAGCCCAGCAGCUGAUGAUUCACACUUGAGGAGCGCUGUUAUUUCAAGGCGUGAACAAUUCAUGCAUAAGAAGAAGAACACAGAGUCAAAAAGUCUUAUAGUUUAGUAAUCCUGGAUGGCAUUGCGACAUUCGUCGACACGCCCAACUUCCCUGACAAGAUUAGAGAGCAUCAAGCUGGAUGAGGUGAUUGCAACCACCCUGCGUAUGUAGUAGUAGUGGUCGUAGUGGUGGUGGUAGCAGUGACCCCGCAGGGACAGCCCUUCUGAACAAGGCUCCAUUACGGCGAAAUGAGUGGAUUUGCAAGCUCUACCCCCACGGCGCUCCAGCUCCUCAUUGACGAAAUAAAGUUUCAACAGCAGAAGGAGCUUCAGUUCGCUGCACUUCAAGAUACUGGCGGAUUUCUAAGACACGGGACCACGUUUUGGACAGAUAUCUUUGUGAGACACUUCUUGUUCCAACUGGAUAGAUCCAUUGAUGCAGACGAUUUACUCUUCUUUAUUCGCAAGCGUCAUGUUCGAACCACUCUCACGAUGCCAAAAUUUCAGACGGAUGUGGAAGUGUUCAGAAAAGAUAGCAAGAAACUGCCGAUCGGUGACCCAGAAAUUGAAUGGAAAGAGACCGUAUUCCUCAAUCUCAUUAUUCAUCACUUGGAGUACACGCUAACUCUUGCAAUUUGUACGAGGACUAGUCCAAAAGACCUCCAAGUUCUCAAGAGACAUACUCAGAAGGUGUAUGCGUCGCCAAGCCGUCGUAGGAUGGACACCAAGGGGGACUUAGAAGAGAUCACAUAUCCACACAUCUCAUUCAUGGUUGACAACUUUGAUGAGGUGUACAGUGACAUGAGCGUACGAGAUGGUGAAAUGGUGUGCGUGGAACUCGUAGGGUCAGACAGAGAUCAUGGAUUUCAAGUGGUCCUUUUCCUCGGGUCCAUUCGGUAUGAUGCCUUGAAGAGAGUUUACGAAUCUCGGGCAAGUCUUGGCAGCAAAAUGGCUCAGAAAAUGACGUUUGGAUUUUUUGGCGGCUCGAGUCAAAGGGUGGAAUAUGUUCGUCUUCGUGGUCCGCAUGACAAAGGACAUGCAGAAAUUGCCGUAUCAAAGCCAAAAGGUUCAGGGGUUGAAACACCUACGUCAGAACCAGGAUUUAGCAUGACGGAUGGAAUGUGGGAUUCUGAAUCAGAGUCUGACACAGAAGAAUUUGUGUUCAAACAUCAUAGAAGAUUGAGUGACCCAAGUUCCAAUUUGCAAAACUACACGCGCAAUACGGGUUGGAAACCCAAGGGAGGAGGUUGUAGCUCUGGUGCUGAUGGGAAAAGAACUCGCUCCCAAAGCGACGGUUUGGACCAUUGUGGCCUUGCUGAAAUAGAAGCAGGCGAUCUGAGGGAUGAAGGGAGGGAGGACGAGGUUUGGUCCUUGCGGGGAUGUUGUCCCCCUAGUCACAGGACUUGUUCAGAGUGCUGUUCUUGCGCUUGUUGUGCUUGUCCUCCUCGCCCCUUUCCUCGAUCCCAAUCCCUUAGACUUGAUUCCAUACCACUAAACCAGCUAGGAAACCGCUCGCAUAGUCAUCAUCAUCGACACCCACCGUCAUCACAGCAUUAUUGCGAGUUGGAGUCACAAUUUUAUCAUCAGCAGAGACGACAAAGCAGCAGCCGAGUCCGAGUUCGUCGACACCCACUCAUUCCGAGCAAGACGGUGGUCGACCCUCCAUGGCGGAGCAAUUCCUUCACUUUCCCAGACAAUAAAAAGUCCAAUUCCGUGGCGUGCCUGACUGAUGCAAGACUGAUUUGUCGAGAAAAGCUACUCCAAGCCGUGCCCAACAAAUUGAGCAGCACUGGGGUCAGAGUCCUCUACGUUUGCGACGUCCCUCUUGAAGCGGAAACCAAUAAGACUGAACUGGAUGACGGAGCUUACAAUCCGCUGUGGACUAUGAGAGGAAAUACGCAGUCAUUUCACAUGUGGAGAGAAAACAGACGGCAACAGUCCACCCCUCUCAACGCUUUCCUCACCUAUAUCUCUUUACCAGCUUCGACCAUAAUCAAAGAUAUUCUGGAGAACCAUGAAGAACCAGUAUUGACCUUUUAACAACUCAAAUUACCUUAAUGAACCAUUUUGGAUUACUCUCAUUCCUUGAGGUUGCUGCCGUGACACGAUUGCCAAACAAAAAGAUAUGCACAUUCACAUCACGUUGUUUCCAAAUUUUGUAUAUUUUUUGUCAUUUGCACUACCCAUAAAUAAAUGUUGUUUACUCUGUA